GGCGGACGGCACGGGCGACAGUCGCGCCGCCGCUGCGCUGCCGUCCCUCGCCGACGUCGGCUGGCGUCAUUGCGACACAGUUGUUAACUUGUAUGGAGUUUAGCGCGUGGAGAAUUUCACCUCGGCUGGAUACUUGGGAAUACUGUCAACUCGGAGGAUUUCUACCGUCGAGCCCAAUCACUGUCAGUGAAUCACGCUCCUCGUCCCAAGUCGCAGGCGAAAAGAGUGUGGCCGAUGUUACCGUGCUCUUGAAACAGGUCGUGCACUAUUUACAACGUCUCUUGGGGACUGUGCUCGAAAGUUGGGACAGUAUGAACGAUUUCGCUAAGCUGGGUAACGCCCGGCCCUCGCACACCCCAAAAUCUUGUCCCAUAAGUCACGAAUACUCCAUCACAGACCAAGUGUUGGGACUCGGCAUAAACGGGAAAGUUGUGGAGUGUUUUCAUCGGGAAACAGGCGCAAAGUACGCUCUCAAAGUGCUGCGAGACAGCGUGAAAGCCCGGAGAGAGGUGAACCUUCACUGGAGGGCCAGUAACUGCAAACAUAUUGUGAGCAUUGUGGAUGUUUUUGAAAAUGUCUACGCAAGCAAUAGGUGCCUUCUUGUUGUCAUGGAAUGUAUGGAAGGUGGAGAAUUAUUCCAAAGGAUUCAAGACCGGGCAGAAGGUGCAUUCACGGAAAGAGAGGCUGCUGAAAUUGUACGAGACAUUUGCAUGGCAGUUGCUCACCUGCAUCGAAUGGACAUUGCUCACAGGGACCUGAAGCCAGAGAACUUGCUCUACUCGAAGGCGGACUCUACUGGGGUACUUAAGUUGACAGACUUUGGCUUUGCCAAGGAAACCACGUCCUUCAAUUCCUUGCAGACACCCUGUUAUACACCUUACUAUGUAGCACCAGAGGUCCUGGGUCCUGAAAGAUACGACAAAUCCUGCGACAUGUGGUCCCUAGGUGUCAUCAUGUAUAUUUUGCUGUGUGGGUUCCCUCCAUUUUAUAGUAAUCAUGGCCUGGCCAUUUCACCUGGUAUGAAGAAACGCAUUCGUGCUGGCCAGUAUGACUUCCCUAACCCUGAGUGGAAAAAUGUUUCACAAGAUGCGAAGGACCUAAUCCGUGGCCUCCUGAGGACAGAUCCAACGCAGAGACUCAACAUUGAAGAAGUGUUAGCUAACAAGUGGAUUGCUAAAUACACGGAAGUGCCGCAGACUCCACUGCACUCCAUCAGGAUUCUCAGGGAAGAGGGAGACCAGUGGCCUGACGUACAGGUACCAAGGCUAUGGACUUUUGAAGAAAUGACGCAGGCUCUGGCAACUAUGAGGGUGGACUACGACACCAUACAGCUUAAGAAACUGGCAGACACCAACAAUCGACUACUGACAAAACGUCGUCAGCAGGCACCACAUAAAAACUAAACUAGCUAACUAAUCCCUCAAUCCAAAGAGGCAUCAAAACCCAAGGUGAUAACUACAUCUUCAGCAUCAUUGACUUUGCCUCUAGCAACAUCAUCGUGGUGGAAGUAGGUGUUCAAGGAGUCCGAAAGUAUCGAGGAGUUCCAGGAACGGGUACGGGAAUGGCCAUGGGUACAGCACAAGGCUGCUCCGUGCCCCAGACGAAGCCAGAACAUUAUGUAUGAGGCAUGCCUACAACGUUCUAAUCAUAGAUUUAGUCAGUGCCCAUGAUGGUGGUGCCAAUGGAUGUUGCAAGGGCACUUCAAGCCAGUGUUGAGAGGUUACAGCAAACUGUGAAAGUGUAGCUCUUAUCAAAAAGGCUUAUCAAGGCUUAUCUUAUCAGAAAGGCUUAUCAGCACUGAGGUGCAAAAGAGGGUGUUUUAUAGCCUAACAAAUGGAGUAGGUCUGUAAGUUAAUCUAAUGUUUUUCUUUCUUUUCUUUUUUCCUAGGCUUAGUAGGAUUAAUAUGCAAGCAAAAGGAUGUACUUCGGGUUCUUUAAAUUAAAGGCACGUUCCCGGGCCCAAGUGCUUAAUUUAUGCCGCGAAACAGGCCUCGCUGUUCUGAACGUUUUUAAUCUGUUGCUGGAAUCGCGGGUAUCAUUUUAUAUACUGCAGGAUUUUGACAGGGCCUUAAAGGGGCUGUUGUAAGCUUGCUUAGGAUCCUAGAUAGCUAUCUUGUCUUCUAAGAUAGGUUUCCUAGAUUAUGAUGGGAAAAGAAGUUGCUAGUUUUACAUGGUGCCUAUAUGACUUUCAUGAAUGCACUCAUGUGGUCACCUUUGUUUGUAGGUAGAAUAUUUUAGACCAUAUGAAAGUAACAUACGGGGCACUUCACCUGAUCUGUCAAGAAAGCAUAUUAUUGCGGAUGAACUUGCCAUUCGGCCACUUCUGGGCCGCCGUACGCUGUGAUCUUGCUGAAGUUUCAGUGCAGCACAAACUUGUUAUGUAAAUGCAAUAGCUGUGACAUUCGCUUUCUUUUUUUUACUCAGACAUCUCGCUUCAUUUGAUUUUGAGAAAGAAACAAGGGCUAAAACUGCAGUUAAUCAGUCAAACCAGUUAUCCCCUCGUAAUCUGGCAGAUUCGCUCGUCAUGUUGGCAACGUCUGCAGCAGUUCACAAUUUUUGACAGGAACUGUACGAGGUGAACCUCGCUACAGUAAAGUGUAGAGGAACUGGAGAAACAUUUUACAAUUUGAGUAUGGACACUACACUGGGGCCCCGGGGCAAAAAGGCCACCGUACCAGUUGUUUAGAUUGUCUUUACUGUAGGGCUGUGCGAAUC